UGCAGAAGCAAGACAGCCUUUCACAGUUCACCAGGUAAAAUGGACUUAACCUCAAUAUUUUUGGCCUUUCUUGCCUUGGAAAUAUUUGAAACUAACCACAAUCUUGUCCAGGUAAGAGCCCUUUAAAUAUUUAAUGUUUUAGUUUCUCUUUAUGCAGAAAUGCAUCUCAAAAAUUAGGAAAAGAAUUAAAAAUCUAGAGGAAUACGGAAACGCGGAUUAAAAAAAGGUCCUAAAAUUGGGCUAGGAGACGCCUUCACAGAAAAGGUGUAGGAGCCACUAUAAGGAAAAAGAAACUCAAGAUCACCACAAUCUUACUAGCCUCCAGUUACUGGACUGAAAGACGGAACUGAAUUACAAUGUGGGCUGUUUGUUGGAGGGUUAUUUAAAAACAACGUCCGAACCAAUAGGGCUUUUAUCAACGGAAAAAAUAAUUCGCGAUAAACGGGAUAUUACCACUACUUGGUAAUCGUUUGAGUCAUUUCAUAUCAUAGCAUGUACUGGACCUAACCAUAAUUUUAUUCAUUGAGCACCGCAUCAAAGUAAAGUACUGGGUGCACGGUAGCUUUCACUUCAAUGAUUUCAUGUUAAGAUUCAAUCGGCACCUAGCAAAUUAACAGUUUUCGAGAAUGAAUAAAAUCUUUGUUGACAUCGAAAAAAUAUAUCUAUUUUCGCAACUUUUGUUUUUAUGCAGCUGAUCAAAAACAAGAUUCCCUAAAUUUCGUAUCUACACUUCCCAUGGCACAGUGUGAUGAUCGAAUGGCAGCGUAACACGAUAGCCUCCCACGCGUGACGAAGCGGUAAGAGCGUCUGCGUGCGAGGCCAGAAACUCGAGUAACUAGGAAGCUUAAGCAUCGAAGACGGUAACAGCAGCGAAACCGUCACCGAAAAAGUCAUCGCUCUUAUUGCAACUCUUUUAAUUUCUCAAAUGUUGGCGAAUUUUUUAAGAGUUGAAUUCUAAAGGACUGUAUCUAAGUUCACAAAAAGAAAACAGGGAGCUAAAGCAACAACAACGGCGACGGAUUAAAAACGUCACUUAAAAAGAGAAUUCGCGCUGCUACAAACUUAGUCGCGUUUAUUCCAUCUUGUUCAAUUCGACAAUGAAUAAUGGCGAUAGUUUCAAGAGUUAAAUUCUAAAGGACUGUAUCUAAGUUCGUCCUCCAUAAAACGUAAAAUUUAGAAGUUUCAUGUGUUCCCAUCCUCGGCAAAAAAUGUACAAAAAGGAAGUUUCACUUCGUAGUCGUUUUCAUGUUUUGUCAAUCAGCCAUUCUCGUUGGCAAAGUCGUCGUUGUUUAAGCCCCUUUGUUUACAUUAAAAAGCAUUGAUGCAUACUAAUGAAUUGCAAAGGUGUUGCUUUGUCAAUCUAAACCUAUUUUUUUUAGCCAUUCUCGUUGCCGUCGCAGUCGUCGUUGCAUAAGCUCCCUUUGUUUGUCAUUAAUGUUUUGAAGGUAUUGAUAUGGGGGCAUACUAAUGAAUUCUAAUAAUUUAAUAAUCUGCUUACCUUUGAAAUGUUACAGGCAGACUACAGGUUCUCUGACGUACAAGCUACCUACAAAAUAUACAAGAAACGAUUGUACGGAGAUGUAAGUAUGACAAUAUCAGCAGAAAAAAAAACACAAAAAAAAAGACCUCCGACCCUCCCCCAACAUUCUUUUAAACCAAUUAUGACAGACCGUAACACUUCAUGUGGACUUCAUGUUCUUGAUCUAUUCCAUUUGCGUUUUCCAUUACUGGUCAUUUUAAAAAUCAGUAUAGCGCUCCGUUUGACUAAAUAAAAUAAGCCCCCCCCCAAAAAAGUGUAUGACAAAAAUAUACCCACAGUGGGCUUGAUAGAGGAAUUACGGUACACUGUCUUAUAUUUCAGGGUACCUACUACGGGAAUUACCCGGUAGGGAAAGGUCAGUGUACCCUUGACCCUUUGUCGCCGAUGGCUACCCAGGCGGGAUGGAUUCGUGUCGCUGCUGGGCCAGCAGUCUAUCGGCGAUCCCUGGGAUGUGGAAUGUGCCUAGAGAUUACUGGUACAGGUACUGGAAGCGGAAAUAAUCCCAUCGUAGGAAAACGAAAAGCUGUGAUAGUCGAUCAAUGUGCAGCUGGCUGUGGAAACAGUAAGUUCCUUUAUAAAGUAUACUACCUUCGUUAUUCUCCACGAUCCUUGUUCCAUAAUCAUAAUCUCUUUCUUAGGGGCCCUGCCUUUCAAAACAAGCAGGUGUGAAGGAAAGUUAAUUAGUUCCCAAUAGUCAAAGCGUUCAGAUUUUCAUACAUCAAGAUUUAAAAGUUUCUUAGUCACGUCUUAGAAAUAUAAUGAAGUAUCAUAAUCAUUAUUCGUUAAACACUUGAAAUGAUGAGCAAUGGAGAGUAGCGUGGUGGGGGCGUGGAAAAUUAUUGAUUGACCCACACGUAAGAAAGCUUACCUGGCAUCCACGUCUCCUUGGUUCGGAUCAGUAAAAGAAGGUUUUCUCCACCUGACCUGUUAAAUGUAUGUACCCUGGUUAAAAGCUGAAAAAAAAAAAAGAAAAAAAAAGACCUUUGCCAAGAUUUCGUCUUUAUUAAAAGACUUCAUCAGGGCAAAUUCGCAACAUAUUCAAAAACUUAUUGAUAAUUAACUAAAAAAAAAACAAAAGAAAUAAAUGUUUAAUAAGCGUCUUCUCAAUGUGACAACGUCAAAGAGUAUAUAUUCUCCGCAUCUUCCAGAUCUGGGCAGUACCUAAUUAAUCGAAUAAGAAAAAGAAUAAUAAAAAUGAGUAAAUGAUCACUGUGUUGUUUCCUUACCUCCCAAACAUUGCUCUUGAUUGUCCGGUUCAGCUCAGGUGUAUAAGUGGGUACAUUGUCAAUACGUUCACAAUUUCUUGGAAAUUAAACUUUGUUCGGAUUCCUCUAGGCCCAAAACCAACAAAUGCCUAAAGCAGUGGCAGGAAAGGACACCUCAACACGGCCUUUGGUCUUACAGGGGCUCAAAGGGUCUGUAAUACUGGUGCGCCCCAAAUAAGGGCAAAACAGCUGUCCAUGGCUGUCACUGCCCGGGUGAUAUGGCUAUGCGCAAGCGUAAGGUACUGGCCACGCCGCAAGUUGGAGUCUGGCUGUGUCAUCAGCUUUUACUUUGCUCUGGGAAAACUCUGGAAGGACAGUCAGUAGUAUCCUGUCAGUCAGGACAGUACAGUCGACUCUCUCUUAACGGACACCUCUGUAAAACGGACACAUCAAGUUGGUCGCUGCCUAUCUUUACUCCCUUUUUUGCCUCUCUAUAAGACGGACAUCUCUCUAAAACGGACAAAAUACGUCCGUCUUAGUGAUAAAAAGAGUUGACUAUACUAGCUUUAAAGGCUGCCGUCUGUCUUGGAUUUGCAACUUGUUCUGGCUCAUUUUACAACUUUCUCUGAUCAUUUUUAUGUUUGUUUAGUACGCUCUAUCGAUUCCUUUUUAGAUGGAAUGGACUUCUUUAUUCCCGGAGAUGGAAGGUGGAAAAUCAGUUACGUUGCUAUAGACUGUCCGACGAUCCCAGGAAGAAAGGGGAACGUUCAGCUUCGAUUCCAGGGAAGCAAUCCUUGGUACAUCAAGCUACAAGCCAGAAAUACCAAGUUAGUAUUUAGUGUCAUGGCAUACACAAACUGUAAUAUGUAAGUCUACAAUUGGCGACAAAAUAAAGACGCUGUCAUUUUUUAAAAAGUACCAUAGUAAUAAUAACAAUAAUACUAAUAAUAACUUUAUUGGAUAGCACAAUUACUGCAAAUUCCAGUAGUUUUCAUUGUGGUCCAGAUACAAAUAUAAAAUACUAAAAAGUACAAGAACACAAAAAUAAUAUUAAAAAAACUCAACCAUAAAAAACAGAGCACUUUCUUCCCACUCCUAGUCAACGUUGGGUAGUUGGUUUUUGCUGACAGGCCUCGUGUUGGUUUGUUUAUUCCUGCUCACCAGUUUUCAUGAGCAGCGGCUACGACAACAAAGAAAACGGGGAGAGGGAGGAGAGGUACCACUGAUAAUUGCCUUCGACUAAUUUGAUGGAGAAUGUAUAAGUCGUCAUACUCGUCGUUCUGGCCAGUGUCUCAACUAAUUUUGUCGCCGAUUGUAAAUAUAAGAGAAACAGGAGAAAGCAGAAUUACUAUAUUGGCGUUGUUUAGUCAAGUCAAGUUUUAGUCUUGAUGUGAGCUAAACUUGUAUGCAUGAUAUGAUACGUACAGCUAAGCUAAAUAACGAACACUCAUUCAUGACCCAGCGAUACUAUCAUAGUUAUCACCAUCAUCAUCAUCACUAUUAUCAUCAUCACCAAUGUCAUCACCUUCGUCGUCAUCAACACGAUAAAAACUCACAGCAAAAUAUUUGUGGAGUGGUGCAGUGUGCAUAAAGGAUAAAAUAAGAUAAACUAUAAAACUGCAGUGAUUCUCCUAAGAAGAACAUUUGAUAAUAAAUCAGGAAGAUAAUUACAUAUAGACGCGAUGAAUAAAUGGAUAAUGGUCGUUCGAAACAAAGGAAGGUAAUAGCUCUUAAAAUCAUUACAAUGUAUAGGGUGCGUAUGAGCUGACCUGGCGCUAAAAUCGAAUCCUCGACGUAUUUUCCCUUCUUUACACUACCAAAAAAGCCACAUGGUAAACAGUUCAGCUGAGUUAUGGUUGCACGCGGCAGGUUGCUCAGGACAAAUAAAAGAAGCCCAAGAGUUCCAAGAGGCGAUAGCCGAAUGCCAUUCUAACUUCUUGAAUGCGUAGCAUUAUCCACCAAAGUGCAACCAUAACUGGGUGAUCAGCCGCGGAUAUACUUUCCUUGGAAACCACUUCUUUCUUUGUAUUCCUUUUUUGUUUGUUGUUUCAUUGCCCGUUUUAUGGGAAGGUGACGUUAAAGAUGAUUGCGAGUAUUUUCAAGCGCGAUUUCAAUUGAUUCAACCUUGAUGAUAUGGCGAGUAUAUCACUAUUCUUCUGGGUGGCCUAUGAACGGCAUCCAAAUGAACGUCUCUUAUCUUAUAUAGAGUUCCAGCUGCCGGAAUAGAAGCCUUGGUGAACGGCAAGUACCGCUGCCUAUCUCGUGUUACUGACAACUUCUUCGUCGGCACGGGGCUCGGGAAAUUCUCUUUUCCACUGCGUGUUCGUCUAACCGCUAUAACCGGUGAACAGAUUGAGACGGUUAUACCUGAUAUCACAAAUAACUUUAGCUUUCCAAGCAACGUGCAGUUCAAGGGAAUUAACGACCAAGCAAGUGAGUAGCUAUAGACCAUUGAGAUAUUUAAAUAGACUUUACCCACGAUACCCGCCAUCUUAGAAUUGAUUAUAUAAAAGCAAGGUCAUCUCAAGGUAUUCCAGGGGGGCAAACAAGUGAGAAAAUCUGCCAAUACAAGAAAUUGCUGCCGAGUUUGUGACAUUGCUUCUAUCCCAUCAGUCAUUAAGCGCGUGCAAAGAUGGUGGGUACCGUGAAUAAGGUCUAUCGACCUUGUCGAUUACGAUUGUUUUCCAUAGUCUAUUUACCAAUUAUUCCAUGAGUACGCGUUGAAUAUGAGUUGGCUAUAAUCAUCUCACAUUCAAAAAGCGCGAGUGGAAUAAUUGUUUGCUUAAAAACGCCCACAAAAUACAUCGAGAAUUCUUCCCGACCUUAUUCGUAAAAACAACCGAUUUUCAGCUUGUUUUUAAUUUUGAGCAGACGCGUACAGUUACUUUAUUUGGAGAGCAUGGUAUAAUGGCUUAGAUAUCAUGGUCACCUUGGGGACAAAAGCAAGUGACCGUUUUAGGGCCUGUUUACAUUGAGGUGGGGGACCCCAAGUAGAUGAGGUAACCCUCUUAGGUGGUGGGGUAACCCGCCUGUCCAUAUAAUGUCUCAUUUUGAUUUGAUCACGUUUACAUGAUAGGUGGGGUGACCCCCACAAGUUACCUCACCUAUUGGGGGUCCCCCACCUCCAUGUAAACAGGCCCUAAGAGAGGUGGCCGUUGUAGAGAGGUUUAAACAAGAGUCAUUGUAUCGACUGUCCGCAGAAAAAAGUGGCCCUUGUAGAGAGAUUGUCAUUAGUAGAGGUUCGACUGUACAUAACAAAUGAAGUACCCAGUUGUAUCAACAGUUUACAUUCGACCGUCCAACGGUUAACUACAUGUAAAUUGACUGGGGAUCAGACUUCAGAGGGUAGACCAAGGUCCAACACUCAGUGAGUGUUAAUUCAAAUUAUUAUUCAUUCAAAAUAUUUUCUCGAUUCUGAUUGGCUAAAAGCACACGUUUAAUUCACCAUAAACAAUUACUGAUGACCAAAUUUGGAAGAAUUUUGUGUUUAACGAGGAAAUGACGUCAAAAAUGCAGCGUUUUCGCAGGUUAAGGCACCGUUAACCGAGAAGACCUGGGGACGAGGUUGAGUUGUUUUGGUUGUGAACUUGAAAAAUGGCGGACAUUUCACUCGUUUCAAGAGUACGAACUAGGCGAAACAAUAGCUAAAAACAUGGAAAGACCAGCAAGAAGACAACUUGAAGGGCGACAUAUGCUAUUUGGAGAAUAUUUGCGGAGUUGGACAAACCGAAACGUGCACUAUCGAAGAUGGACUUGACAUCGAUGGAUCGAUGGAGGUAUCUAAAGCAUGUUUUAGCCAUGUUUUUAAACUAGGAAUAAUUUUGAAUGAAUAAUAAAACAAUUAUUGAAUUCGGCUCUCGGAGGGUGUUAUCCGCCUCGGCCAACGGCCUCGACGGAUAACACCCUCCUCGAUCUCCAUAAUAAUUCUUCAUAAGAUAUUCAGCCUCAUUCAUUUAUUGUCAUGUAAAUUGACUGGAGAUCAGACUUCAGAGGGUAGACCAAGGUCCAACACUCAGAGAGUGUUAAUUCAAAAUAACCGAGAAGAAUGCACUGUCUUUGUUUCACAUUCAUCUGCAUAUGGUCAUAGUACCUUCUAGUCUUGUAAAAAUGUAAAUCAAAAAGAUCUUUUUAGCGCUAAAAAUGUCAUAGAUUUGCAUAAUUUCAAAACAACAGGCAUUUUUAAAAUUUCAUCUUAUGGUAAUUGAGCUUAAUCUUGGCAAGUAAUUAGUUAUUACAGUAGUCUCAGGACCGCAUCUGUAAAAGUUUUAACUUUGCCUGUGUCGAACUAACCUUUCGUGCUAUAAAGCACUUAUAGCACCUACAUGUAACUUACAUGUAACAAACAGUGUCAAAAAGUGCACGUGCCGAUUAGAAGCCGUUGAACAACGUGACUGCGUUAAAGAACCAUUUUGUUUUGCAAGCACGCGGGUUUUGUAAAGACCGUCCAUUGCCAGUAAGAUCAUGUCCGAGGAGCCUGUUUAUGGAGGAUUUCGAGUUAACAACUGUGUUAAGGAAAGUAUAAAGAAAAACACUCAUAAAACAUACGCCCGUUGAAUUUAGCUCAUUUCGAAGUGUGAACUAUUUUUUUUACCAGGCAGUCGCUUACGAGAGUAACCACCACUAGUAACGACCACUUUUUCGAAUUUCCGAAGUCAUCGCUUACAAGAUCUUUGACUGUAUAUCAUUAUUUCGACUUUUAUGGAAACGGAUAUUGUACACUUCGAAAUGAGGUUGCUUCAAAGGGUGUACGUUUUAUCAGAGUUUUCCUUUAAACUUUCCUUAACACGAAAUCCUCCAUAAACAGGCUCCUCGGUUUGAUGUUACACCUGUCACCUUUAUACUGUUUCCUUCCUAAUAAUUUGUUACUUUCUCUCCUCCCUCUAUUCAACUCCUAUCAGGUAGCUUCUCAAGCAUCAAGUGUUUUGGUCAAGGCAAUAAAUACCCGUAUCCUUUAGGCGGGAUGUCUCGUAAGUAUUCUUCAGUACAGACUAUCACAAUAGCGGAUUCAGAUCUGUAAGUAAGUCGGGGGACCCGACCAUCCGGUAUCUGGUCACCUUGCCACCCAGACAUCUCGCCACCAAGAAUAGCACUUAUCUUAACUAACUAACUAUGCCUUCAUGAACGGAAAUUCCUUAAUCGUUACUUUAUUUUCAUAAUUCAAAAAAAUGACUAACGUUCCUGCCAGUUUUUUAACCUCUCAAAUGUCAAAGUUUACAUUCACAGAACCUAUACAAGUGUUAUAAUAAGUAUUAUUAUUCCACUAUUAUGUCAUUUUACCAUAUAAGGUCAAGAGAACAAGCAAAAUACGAGGCCGUAAUACACCGUAGUGUCCUGGUUUAACCGGUUUACAACAGGGCGAAUACCGGCGGAUGCAAAAGGAAGGUAUUUUUAUAAGCUUGACGAAAAAGUAAAAUCUCGGGUAAUAUUAAUCCUAGGUAUUAAGCUGUGUCAAGUAUUUCAGAUUUAUUCGUUGGUGGCGAGGCGACUUCUUGGUGGCGAUUUCGUUGAUGGGGAGAUGACUGUAAACCGAUCAUCCAGUCCCUUGGGGCGGCCGUCCUCGAAAAUACCGUAAAAUUCCGAAAAUAAGCCCCUCCAUGUAUAAGCCCCCUAGGGGGCUUGAAAUUGGAAAAUUGCCCUCAAAUACAAAGUAUAACAAAGCAAAAACGGUAAAUUUACUUCCAACUAUAAGGCUCGCCUAAUCGAUUUUGAGACGCAAAUUUCCCUUCAUAGAUAAGCCCCUGCGAUUAUGAGCCCCUCCCAAAAUAAGCCCCUCAAAAAGGGCCUUUGAAAAAUAUGAGCCCCGGGACUUACUUUCGGAAUUUUACGGUAUUUUAGGAACCUUACGAUCUCAGAACGACAACGGCGGCGAAAUCGUCGCUUAAAAGGUGACUUCUCGUUCUUUCGAUCUUCAUCGAGAUUAUUCCAGCACACUUUCUUCGUCAAAUUUAGGCGAACUCCUCUAGAACUGAAGUUUUUAAGAACCAUAUUCACGUUUCAAAAGGGAAAAAUUUUCUCCGCGGUUCGUCUACGUUUUCCAUAAAACGUGAAAUUAGGCGAUUGUGCACUGGACGGCAAAGAAAUGCACAAAAGAGCAUGAUGCACUUGCAGAGCUGUUGUUUUCUCUUUUGCCUAAUAUUAAGGUUACCUAUUCCUUUUCUGCCGCCGUAAUCUGAUCCAAAAAUAAGGCGGAGGCCAGGGGGCCCGGGCCCCUCCCCUAAAUCCGCCAUUGUAUCAUUAUAUCAGACGUUUUAUACACAGUUUUUCAUAGCGUAUUCUAGUAAGAACGUCAUAGACGUGGUAUCAUAACCCAGUGUUACUCAAUGUAACGAAAAAACGUUCCGUGGCGUCUUCUGAGUUUUAGCGUUUCACAUCUUCAGCUACUUCUAAAGACUCAUGAAUAUCCUUCACUUUGUUUUCAAUUGGUCUCUUUGCGUUUUUACUUAUUUUUUUACAAAAAUGCCCGCUUUUUAGUAACCUUUACGAAACCCUGUAGCGAACUGAAUUUAAAUUCACAGACUUUGUCAAGUAGUUAAUAUCUGACGCUACCCUUACCUUAGAACAUUUUCGUUUUUCCUGACCCCUCCGAAGCCAUAUUGGCAACUUCGAAACAUCUUUUUGAUGGCCUUUUAUAGUUGUAACCGUUUUGAAUGCACCAGGAGAACUAAUCCUGAUCCCCUGACGUGCCUUGAUUUGCAGCAAGUGAUCCAAGAUGUAAAGACGCCUGGCCAGGUCUUCCGUUUGCAGACGAGCGUGACUGUCACUCGUAUAUCAUCUGUUCAUCCAAGUCUUCCGCAGCAAAACAAUUCAGUUGUGGAAAACUGGCUUUUAAUCCUGUAACAGGUGGCUGUGAUAACGUUCCUAACUGCAAGUAA